CUUUGGGUCCUACUGGUAGAGCUCACCCAACACGUGUGUAAGCGGAGACCGUGCUCUGGUGUAAGCAGGCUGGGCUGUCGUUGUUUUUGUGGUCUUGCUAAGAUACUGAAAGAAGAGUAUAAUGGGUGGUUUACAGAAAAAGAAGUACGAAAGUGGAUCAGCCACCAACUACGUCACCAGGAACAAGGCUCGCAAGAAGCUGCAGCUAAGCUUAGCUGAUUUCAGGCGCCUCUGUAUCCUGAAGGGCAUCUACCCCCAUGAGCCGAAACGCAAGAAGAAAGUCAACAAGGGGUCUACCGCCCCACGCACCUUUUACUUGGUCAAAGACAUCCGCUUCCUACUACAUGAGCCCAUUGUGGCAAAGUUUAGGGAGUAUAAGGUCUUUGUUCGGAAGCUGCGGAAAGCUUAUGGGAAAUCAGAAUGGGGUGGAGUUCAGAGGUUAAGGGAAAACAAACCUGUCUACAAACUUGACCACAUUGUGAAGGAAAGGUACCCUACCUUCAUUGAUGCGCUCCGUGACCUGGAUGACGCCCUCUCCAUGUGCUUCCUGUUCUCGACCUUCGCCCGCACAGGGAAGUGUCACGUCCAAACCAUCCAGCUGUGCCGCCGCCUGUCUGUGGAGUGGAUGAACUACAUUGUCAUGUCUCGCUCUCUGAGGAAGGUGUUCCUCUCCAUCAAGGGAAUUUACUACCAAGCAGAGGUCCUCGGCCAGACUGUUACCUGGGUGGUUCCCUACCAGUUUGCCCAUAACCACCCGACGGAUGUGGAUUACAGGGUGAUGGCCACCUUCACAGAGUUCUACACCACCCUCCUGGGCUUUGUCAACUUCCGCCUUUACCAAACUCUGAACCUGCUCUAUCCCCCCAAGCUGGACAGUAAGGCUGAGGUGGAGCUGAAGGCUGAGCAUGAGGAGGAUUAUGCCAUGGACUCGGAGAGCUACUUGGAGAAACUCUCAGCGCUGAGUGCCUGUCUGUCGCGGGUCAUCGCCACUGUCGAGGAAGAGGAGGCAGAACCUGACCGCUUUCCUGUGGAGGGGGAAGACGCUGAGGCCCUUGUGGUGCGGGAGAAGGAGCAGAAAGAGCAGGAUUCCCUAAAAAAUCUCUUUGAGGGUCUGAAAUUCUUCCUCAACCGGGAAGUUCCCCGGGAGCCCCUGGCCUUUCUGCUUAGGUGUUUUGGAGCUCAAGUGUCAUGGGAGAAAUCCUUGUGUAUUGGCAGCACUUAUGAUGUCAAUGACGAGACCAUCACACACCAGGUCGUGGACAGACCCAAUGUGGACAAGAAGUAUAUUAACAGAUACUACAUCCAGCCCCAGUGGGUGUUUGACUGUGUCAACAGUAGGAUACGUUUACCUGUCGAGGACUAUUUUCCGGGGGUAACCCUGCCCCCACACCUGUCGCCGUUCGUGGAGCACAAGGAAGGUGACUAUGUGCCACCAGAAAAAUUGAGACUGAUGUCCCUGCAGCGUGGGGAACGGCCAGAGCGAGAACAAGAGGAAAUCGAAGAUGAGGAAGAUGACGACGAAGGUGAUGACAGUCAGGAGGAUGAAGAUGGUGGUGAUGAUGAUGGAGAGGAGGAAGAAGAUGAUGAUGAUGAUAUGGAUGAUGAAGAGGCAACAGAUGAGAAAAACCUUAAGUUGAUGGAGAAACAGAAAUCCCAGGGCAAGGCAUUGUCAGUCACAGUGACUCCUGGGAAGGUGAAACAGGAGAAUAAAAUGCGACUGGAGCAGGAGGAGAAAGCAGAGGAGAAGCGUCUGGCCAUCAUGAUGAUGAAAAAAAAGGAGAAGUAUCUCUAUGAUAAGAUCGUGUUUGGCAAGAAGAGGAAAGUCCGAGAGGCAAACAAGCUUGCUGCCAAGAGAAAAGCCCACGAUGAUGCCUGCAAGGCUGACAAGAAGAAGAAGAAGAAGAAAACCACAGGGAGAGAGUAACUGUAGUUAAGGACUUGUCAGUUUGGGAAUAACACGUCCGUGCCAGAGCUGAAGAGGGGAAACAUUUUGUAGCAUCUUUGUAACGUCUUGUUCUUCGGCUAAAAAUGUGAAGAACUUCAGGACUUCAGAUGUCUGGACAUGGACUUUCCUUUUGGGGAGAACGUAAAAUACCAACCAAGCUACAGUAUGCUGUUGAAAUCAUUUCCUUUCAUUUCCUAAAAUCGCUUUGAGGUUUUUGUAAUCUGAAUCUUGUUUCAUUACCUAUUGUAUGUAUUUUAAAGACUGUUAAGUUUGCAGUAAAUUCUGCAAAAGCA